ACCAUUGCGCCCAGACAAGAUCUCUCUCUCUCUCUCUCUCUCUCUCUCUCCAUCCAUGGCAGAACCCCGGAACGUGAAGGUGCUGGAGGUUUGUAGAGUCGGUCCUCCACCCGGCUCGGUUGCCGAUACUUCUCUUCCUUUCACCGUCUUCGACGUCCUCUGGUUAGUAAUGCCUCCAGUCCAACGCCUCUUCUUCUACCAAUUCCCCCAAAACUCUAAUAAAACCCACUUCAUAGACACUCUCCUUCCCAAACUCAAACAUUCUCUCUCCCUCUCCCUCCGUCUCUUCUUCCCUCUCGCCGGCAAUCUGAUCCUCUCUCCCAAAAGCGGCGAGCACGAGAUCCGCUACAUCGACGGCGACUCAGUCUCACUGACCGUCGCUGAGUCGGACGCCGAUUUCCACCGACUCGCAGCGAACCACCCAAGAGAUGUAUUGGAAUUACAUCCACUCGUUCCUCAGUUGCCCGUUUCUGACCCUCAAAACCAACCCCUGCUAGCUUUGCAAGUUACCAUAUUUCCUGACUCUGGCAUCUGUAUCGGAACCAGCAUAAGCCACGCGGCGGCAGAUGGGAGCAGCUCUACGCACUUCAUGAAAUCUUGGGCUUCGAUAUGCCGGUCAGGCGACGAGUCAUUAAUCAAGUCGCGGCCGUUCUACGACAGGUCCGUGGCCGCAUAUCUCGACGGUCUCAAGAGAUUGCGGUUAGACCAGAUGGCUACUUUCAAACUCGACCAGGCCGCAGAGAGCUUAAAGCCUCGAGCAACCCCAGUCCUAGCCGCUUUCGUCAUGGGUCGAGCAGACAUCGACACGCUACGGCAACGGGUCUUAGCCCAACGGAGCGACGACAGCCAGAAACCAAUACAUACUUCAUCGUUCGUGCUAACGUGCGCAUACGUGUGGGUUUGCUUGAUCAGGUCACGUGGGGAUGAUGACAGGGACAAAAACGUCCAUUUCGCAUUUCCGGUGGACUGCCGGGCUCGGCUGGAUCCGCCGAUAGCCGCUACGUAUUUCGGCAACUGUAUAGAUUCUUGUCUAUGCACUGCGAAGGGGAACGACUUAUUGACGGAAGACGGGGUGGGACCCGCGUCGGAGGCCAUUGGGAGAGCAAUCCAAGCGUUGAAUGGCGGGGUCUUGAAUAGCCUGGAGACACUUUUACCGACAGCUAUUUCCAUUGUAGUAUCAGGGGAGAACUUCUUAACCGUUGCCGGGUCGCCCAAGUUUCGGGUCUAUGAAACGGAUUUCGGAUGGGGAAAGCCUGUAAAGGUGGAGGUGGUUUCGAUUGAAAGAACAGGCGCCAUAUCUCUUGCAGAGAGUAGAGAUGAAGAGGGAGGAAUUGAGGUUGGCGUGGUACUGUCCAAAUCCCAAAUGGAGAGAUUUGCUUCUCUGUUUGAGGAAGGUCUGAAAAAUCUUCGUCUCUGAGACGAAAUCAACGGACUCGGAUUCGGUAGUGACCCUUCAGCACCGACGUUUUUUUACCCACGCCAUCCACCCGUUUUGCCAAUUCACUUCCACGAGGUAGAUCCAGAUCGCAUGUAGACCACACCGGACGCGGAUUGCAUAAUGACGAUCGGGGCUUGCAUAGCGCUUCGAGUAGCUACCUCGCUGUUGGCAGCGUCACUAGGCAAUCCACGUCCGACCACAGCACAAGAAACAAUGGU